AGUAACGAAAUGCAUUCGUGUGUAACGUUUCGUUACUCGUUACUAGAUGCCGCACCCGUUACUCAGUAACGAAUACAUACGGUUUGCUACAGCUCUAAAAAUACAUACACACUCUGUGUGUUUAUGAAAUGUGAUAGACACGUGUUUUUCCCAAUUGAAAUAUUUUGAAUCUAACUACGUUUGAGAAACCUUCUGUAGAAAUUGUUGGUUGUCAUGGGAAAGGACGGUAUUGCUAAGAAGCGGCCGAAUCCUGAUGGAGUCCAACCUCGCAAGCCUAAGAACUCCAAGAAGUUGAAGCUGAGUCAUCCAGAGGCAAGCAGCAACAAAGAGCAGCCUCCAAUAGAAAGCGGCGUUAAGAAACGUAAACACAGCAAAAUAAAUGUAUCAGCAGCUGUAGAAAGUGGCGUUACCAACGGCAGUUUGCACCCCAAAAAAGCUAAACAUGAGCUCGAAUCUGUGGAUGGACUACCAGCUGCAACUCCGACUACAAAAGAGGAAAAGGAAAAGAAGUAUAGAAAAAUGUUUUUUGAGAUGUGCACUGUUUAUCUCGGAAAUCUGCCCAGUUCGUGGAAUAAGAAAGACAUCAAAAACUUCUUCUCCAAAUACGGGCCGGUGAAGGAACUGGCACUCCUGGCCAAGCCAGUUGUUGACUCGAGAGUGUCCAAAAAUUUGAAUGAUCGUCAGAAACUUCUUGGUCCUGGUUGCACCAAAAUGAUAGGGUUCCUGAGGUUCGGUGAUAAGCAGUCGGCAAUAAAUGCCCUGCAGGCAAAUGGUCUCGUGAAGGAUGAUCACAGCAUUCAAGUUCAUUCGGCUGUCGAUUAUUCAGCAUUCGGCUAUGAAAAAAGCAAAACCAUUUAUGUGCACUACAUUCCCGACUCUGCUAAAGAAAGUGACCUUCGGACCUUGUUCAAGAACUGUGGUGCUGUUGAGAGUGUGCAUAUUGUUCAAGACAGAAUUGUGAAUGGGACAAGGAUGGCAAGUGUACAUUUUAAGCUCAGUGAAGCUGCGGAUUUGGCAUUAGAAAUGAAUGGAGUCGAACUGAAAAAUAAAGAGUUAGUCAUAAAAAAAUACAAUGUGUGGACCGGCAAGAAAAUUUCUAGAAUGAAACGGCUAUCCAAGAGGGCUGAGGAAGGUGACCAGGCCACGGAAGUAAUUAAAGAGACUAAUGUGCAAGAAAGAACUCUUUCCGAGACCAAGAAACUAAAAAAGGCCAGCAACGCUGAGAAGUUGGCUUCGAAAGCGAAUGGAGUGCAGAUGCAAGGUGGGAGGUCACAAAUUUCUGAUCGCCCCACCGGCGUUAAGAAGAGAAAGAAGGAGGCCAAACAAAAUGGAAUCCAAGGUGGGAUUGCAGAAGUCAGCCAGAGCGCAGGAAAGCUGAAGAAGCAGGUAAAGAAGGCUACAAGCACUGGCCAGCUGGAAACUGUACAGCAGGUGGAACCCUCUUUGAAAGCCAAGAAAGCCAAGUUGCAAGGAAAAACACUUUCUGUGGGAAAAAUGCUAAAAGAGAAGAAGAAAAACAAAGCUUUGCAAAAAAAUAUUUCUAAUGGGAAACAUGCUGGAGGAUUAAAGAAGAAAAAUUCAAUAUAAGUGGUAAUGACCAACCAUGUAUGUUUUUAAAUAAAAACGUUAAAUUAUCAUGUCAGACUACAAGAAUGCUUCUGUUCCAUCAUGGUGUAGUUUUUUUAUUAAUUACAAUAUAUCAAUGUGAACUUACAUGCAAUUAUUAGUCAUAGUGAUGACUCACUCUCAGCAAUCGUCAGCCAAGAUCUAAUUAGUAUAGAGUUUUAAUAUUUAAUUUUCAUUAAACUUACACUUAAUUGUCAUAUUUUAGCAUACUGUGUAAAUAUACUUUCUGGGAAUUUUCUUUUUAAAUAUUUAUUAACAUUAUGUAAUUUUACAAAUGUGCAUCAUCAUAUGAAGAAUAUAUUAAUGCUAAUAUGUGAUAAACAUAAAAGGGAGAACAUUUUUGCCAUAUUAUUUUUAGUCAGCAGAGUCUUAUACUAUAUGGUACACAUCUCAAUAACGUUGCACAACAGUGUUUUAUAUUUUUAGUCUUCAUUUUUAUUUGAUCAAGGUUCCCACGGGCAGGUAAAACAAUCAGGGAAUUGAAAAAGUUUCUUAAAAACCUGUCAAAAACAGGGAAAUCAUCAAUACCUAACAAAGCAGAAUCAGUAGAUUUUAAUACAUAGUAUGUACACCUGCUCUUAGUAAUUACAACAGUGGAUUAGGGCUUAUCUUGAAGUAGUGAAAUAAUCUAACACACUUUUUAAACUUGGUGAAUUUUUAAUUUCUGUAUGCCCCUAGUAACUGCACUGUUGUAACAAAUUAAUAAUCAUGACAAAUGGAAGAAGAAGAAAAAGUCUGUUACCUUUUCCUUAACAGCUGUUUGCUUCCUUACUUACAUAUUUACUUAUCUUCAAUGAAAUGUGGCAAUGAUUUAUUAAUUAAGCAUUAAAUACGCACGAAUGUUCAACAAGUGUUAAUGUCACACUGCCACAUCCUGCUCUUGUGAGAGCAAGUUUACCUCGCACCUACAAGAAUGUGCUUGUGGCAAGUGAUGUGGUUAGCGAUUUGUGUUGCAGUUGGCAGACAAGCAUUCAGUAAACAACCAUGUCAGCGAAUUACAUUUAUGUAUAGGUUAAAUAAUCUAUCUUGUUGAUGUAAAAAAAAUGCUUAUUUUAUGAGGCAUCGAAAGAGCUAUAUAAUUAACAUAAACAUUGUGUCUCAGAAACUGUUUGUGACUACAUCAUAGCCUGUUUUGUAAAUUCUAAGGCCUGUAAAUUUUUUUACAUUGUAAUUUAUUCUAGGAUGUUAGUUUUCAAAAUGUUAUACAGUAGACUCCCGAUUAUCCGGGUGCUGGUUAUCCGGUUUGCAACAUAUUUUACUUCCAUAAACCAUAAAUAUAAAAAUAAUUUUCAACUUUUUAUUUUCGUUUGCGUGCGAUGGCAGUGGUAAUUGUGUAGCAUUAAAUGCAGUGCAACAAUUAUUAAUGUGAAGAAUCAACAAACAAUGUUUUGCUCUUAAUAGCUAUUCGCUUCCUUCGUUGCAUAUUUAUUCCCGACGACAGUGUGUUCAGCCAAUGUUUAUAUUCCACCAUACUGCAUGUCUGGAGCUUUCAGGGCUAGUUUACCUCGCACUCACUAGGAUGCACUAGUGGCUAAUUAUGGCAGAAACACAUUUAUUUAAAAACUGAGUCUGGAAUCACGUUAACAGGUUAAAUAAUCUGUCUAAUAAUAGAAAAUGUUCUGUUUAUUCUUUUU